AUGGACCCCCCUGUUCCUGUUUUAUUGGUCUCAAUGGGUCAUGAGAAGAUGAUUCCCAUUUUUCCUGUAUACUGUUCUACUGUUGUAUGCUCCUCCAAACAAACAAAAAUACUAAGUUCCAAUCUCAUACACGGUUUACACACCACACUCAUCCCUGUCGUGUCUCAACCUGUGAUGCAAAGCUUUCACGAAAUGGAUUAUUUUGACCAACACUAA